CUUUGUCGUGCAGAAAAGGAGACCAACUAGGCUACUCCAAAGAGGAUGUAGGCUACUCCAAAGAGGAUAUAGGCUAUCUGUCAGCUGACUGCACUCACCAUAUUUUGAGGGUCUGAGCAUGGAGCAUUUCAGGGCAAGCAAAUACUUGGUUUGAAGUGCCUUUCACUGUACCUUGCCGUCGGUUCUUGUUGUCGCAGUCUACUGUUGCCUACCUGCCACGGCAUUCCAGGAUAAUUAGCCUACAUUUUUCACCUACUGGCGCUUUGCCAAUAACAGCUGCUCACCGUCAUAGCGCGAUAGGUACGCGACCUAAUCCAGCAAGCAAACGGUUUGUCACAUGACUGUGCUCACCAUGAGUUUAUUUCCGCGUUCAUUCGGUACAGAAUGAUUUGAUAGAGAGAGGUGCAUACCUGAACCGUUACGGUCCGCAAAACGCGCCGCCGAGCCAAGGCGACAUUCUGAGAGGGGACCCCGGCAUUAGCAUUGCCUGGACACACGCUGCAGCAAGAACAUGCUCACCCGGGUGAAAUCAGCUGUGGCCAAUUUUAUGGGCGGUAUGAUGGCUGGCAGUUCGAACAGUGAACCUCUCGGUGGCUCCGAUUUACCGCUGAAAUACCCGUACACAAGACCGGAGUUUCUGGGACUGUCACCGGAUGAAAUCGAGUGCUCGGCGGAUCAUGUUGCUCGGCCGAUACUCAUUCUGAAAGAGACGAAGAGGCUUCCGUGGGCCACUGGUUAUGCAGAGGUGAUCAACGCGGGGAAGAGCCAUCUGAACGAAGACCAGGCGUGCUGUGAGGUGGUGGUAGUGAGGAGUAGACCCAGUGCCGGGGGCAACUCCACCUCCAACAGGCCCCCUACCACCCGGAGGAGGUCCUCCCUGCCCAAUGGAGAGGGGCUGGGGCUCAGGGAGAACGCUGACGUAGAGCCCGGACUGACCUUCCACUACUGGGGUCUGUUUGACGGCCACGCGGGCUCAGGGGCAGCGGUGGUGGCAUCUAAGCUGCUCCAGCACCACAUCAUAGAACACCUCCAGGAGGUCCUGGAUGUCCUGAGGAACCCGGCCCAGCUGGCCCCCAUCAUCCAGGGGGAAGAGCCCACCAACUACCACCUCACCCCCACCACCCACCGGGGCAUCACCAGGGCCGCCUCCCUGCGGGGGGCUGCAGGGGCCCCCGGCUCUCCCAGCCACCCCCCGCCCACCAGGUUCUUCACAGAAAAGAAGAUCCAUCACGAGAGCAUGGUGAUGGGAGCCAUUGAGAACGCUUUUAAAGAGAUGGAUGCCCAGAUUGAGAGAGACAAGGCUGUGUUUAACAUCUCAGGAGGCUGUACUGCUCUGUGUGCACUCUUUUUAUUGGGAAAGCUCUAUGUUGGAAAUGCCGGGGACAGCAGAGCGAUCAUUAUCCGAGGUGGAGAGGUCAUCCCCAUGUCUACAGAGUUCACACCAGAGUCAGAGAGGCAGCGCCUGCAGUUCCUGGCCUACAUGCAGCCGCACUUGUUAGGAGGCGAGUUUACACAUCUGGAGUUCCCCAGACGUGUACAGAGGAAGGAAGUGGGGAAGAGGAUGCUUUACCGGGACUUCACUAUGUCUGGCUGGGCAUAUAAAACCAUUGAGGACGACGACCUGAAGUUUCCCCUAAUCUACGGCGAAGGGAAGAAGGCCCGUGUGUUGGCUACCAUUGGGGUCACCAGGGGCCUGGGAGACCACGAGCUCAAAGUGCAUGACUCCAACAUCUACAUCAAGCCCUUCCUGUCCUGCUGUCCCGAGGUCAAAGUGUACCCUCUGACGCAGUAUGAACACGGGGCGGAUGACGUCCUGGUGAUGGGGACAGAUGGGCUGUGGGACGUCCUAUCCAACCAGGAGGUUGCCGAGGCAGUCACUGGUUUCCUUGCCAACUGUGGCCCUGACGACCAGUAUAGGUACACAAUGGCAGCUCAGGACUUGGUGAUGAGGGCACGGGGGGUCCUGAAGGACCGAGGCUGGAGGAUAGCCAACGAACGUCUGGGCUCCGGAGACGACAUCUCUGUCUACAUCAUCCCUCUGAGGUACGGCAACCUGCAGACCUAGCCGUAGCCCAGGCCCAGCUCACCACCACCCACCAUGGGACUCUAGACAGGUUCUGUGUCCAAAAUGACUCCCUAUAUAGUGCACUACUUUAGGCCAAGGCCAUGACAAGUAUUGCAUUAUGUAGGGAGUAGGGUACAAUUGUAGGCGUUCUCCCAACCGGCAGACCUAGCUAAGGACCAGCUCACCACCCACCAUAGGACUCUAGACAGGCUGCCCCCCUCUCCCAUCUAUCCUAUCCCCUCUGUCCUAAAAGCAAUGCCCUGGUGCUCACAGUGCUUCAUCCCGAACGGUUUUCCUGAGGAAACAAAAUGGCUGCUGGUUGUUGUACAGUACAGGGUAGCAUGAUUGUUCUUGUCUCUUGUGAAAGGAAGGAAAAUCUCAGGAUGUUCCAAUAUACAGUACCUUCAGUUUCUUCUUGUGUUUCUGUGCUGCAAAGGAACAAAGGACAAUUCUGGAUUCAAAGGCCUACUGGGGCCAUGUAUUUCCAUUAAUUCAUAACCAACCCUUUGUUGUUUUUCAGUAGGCUACAGCUUCUGCAUAGCCAGAUAUUUUCUGAUGCAAUGGAAGAGUAUUGCUUUCACAAAGGCAAUACUUCUCUUAUGGAUAUCGCAUGGGGAAAGACAAAGGGACUCUUUCAAAGUGCAAUGCUUUAUGGGAUUGUUUUUUAUUCUUUUUAGAUGAGAUAUUGUUACUGUAUUACUGAUUAUGAACAAGCAAAAAUGCUUAAAAAUGAAUGGAUUUUAGAUAUCCAUGUUUAUGCUGUACAGUGUAAAGAACCUGUUUUGAGUUGUCUGUAUAUACUGUACGUUAUGAAACCUCUCCUGUCCCUAUGAUCCAUUACGUACAUACGUAAGUCAGUGACCUAGACAGUACAAUCCUUUCACCGACAAACUAUAGCGUUCAGCUUUCAGAACUAUUGUUUGGGUGUUCCUCUCCAAGUGUAAGGUGAAUGAAGUCAGUCUUAUGGUUGUUUUAUUGACAGUGACAAUGUUAAUCUCUCAUUGUUUAUUUUUUCAUAAUUUUGAUAGGUUAGUUUUUUUCUUUGUCAUUGCGAUGACCCUGAAAGUGGAUUUACUUAAAGGAUGUGAAGGAAUACAUUUUAUUUUAUACAUAAUUGUGAAACAGCUACCUCAUGUUUUUGCUUUGUUUUAAACAAGAUAUCCAAUCCCUUGCCCCAGUUUAACCUUUUAUUUUUCUAUAUGUCAAAUACUUGUUUGCAUCAUCCUGCUCGUUUACUUUUCAAAUAUGAAACAGCCAUUCCUUAAUUAAUUGUCACUAGUUUUCAUACAAAUAUAGCUUAGUUUAGCUCUGUAAAAAAAUAUUAGGAAAAGUGUCCUGUAUAGCGACAUGAAUAGGAUGUAGAAUGGGUCAAGUUUACUGAAUGUUCUUACAGCUGAAUCCUAAAUUGAGACAUGGUUGUCAUUUUAUCUUAUUGAGACAAAUGCUUGAUUUACGCAAAAGUUCAAGUUACAAGUGUGGAUCUCUCAAAUGAACAUUCAGCCCUUGAAGGCUAGAGUUACAUCCCUUAAGCAGAUACAUUGAUUAGCAAGUGCUUGGGAGAUUAAAUUGAAUGCUGGUAUGAAAA